CACGGCAGUCCCCAGCGAGGCAGCGCCCGGGGUCGCACCGUAGCAGCUCAACUUCUGCGAGCUUGGAGGGGAUCUGCGGUAGCUUCCCUUCACCCCCACUUCUGGGGUCACUGCCGCCGGCCAGGUUCAGAUUGGCUUUGUCGGGUGGCCCCCCUGCCCGCUCCUUCCUUAAGCGGGGGCUGAUGCCCCAGAAUUCUCAGGAGAAUUCCCAGGCCUACCCCCGCCGCCGCUCUGGGAGCCACACAGAUCGUAAGACUCCUGAGACCGUCGCAGCCGCAACCAUGUACACCUUCUUGCCUGACAACUUUUCCCCUACCAAGCCCAAGCCGUCCAAAGAGCUGAAGCCGCUGCUGGGCUCCGCGGUGCUGGGGCUGCUGCUGGUGUUGGCCGCAGUGGUGGCCUGGUGCUACUACAGCGCCUCUCUACGAAAGGCGGAACGCCUGCGCGCGGAGCUGCUGGACCUCAACCGCGGUGGCUUCUCGAUUCGCAACCAGAAGGGCGAGCAGGUGUUCCGCCUGGCCUUCCGCUCGGGCGUCCUGGACCUGGAUUCCUGCAGCCGCGACGGCGCCCUGCUUGGCUGCUCUCGCACAGCGGAUGGGCGCCCGCUGCACUUCUUCAUCCAGACCGUGCGACCCAAGGACACAGUCAUGUGCUACCGCGUGCGCUGGGAGGAGGCGGCUCCGGCGCGCGCGGUGGAGCACGCCAUGUUCCUGGGCGAUGCUGGGGCGCACUGGUACGGCGGCGCCGAGAUGAAGACCCAGCACUGGCCCAUCCGCCUGGACGGCCAGCAGGAGCCGCAGCCCUUCGUCACCAGCGACGUCUACUCCUCCGAUGCCGCCUUUGGCGGCAUCCUCGAGCGCUACUGGCUGUCGUCGCGUGCGGCCGCCAUCAAGGUCAAUGACUCGGUGCCCUUCCACCUGGGCUGGAACAGCACGGAGCGCUCCCUGCGACUGCAGGCGCGCUACCAUGACACGCCCUACAAGCCGCCAGCCGGCCGAGCCGCUGCACCCGAGCUCAGUUACCGCGUGUGCGUCGGCUCGGAUGUCACCUCCAUCCACAAGUACAUGGUGCGGCGCUAUUUCAACAAGCCGUCGAGGGUCCCAGCACCCGAAGCCUUCCGGGACCCCAUCUGGUCCACAUGGGUGCUGUACGGGCGCGCGGUGGACCAGGACAAGGUGCAGCGUUUCGCCCAACAGAUCCGUCAGCACCGCUUCAACAGCAGCCACCUGGAAAUCGACGACAUGUACACUCCUGCCUACGGCGACUUCGACUUCGACGAGGCCAAGUUUCCCAACGCCAGUGACAUGUUCCGCCGCCUGCGCGACGCCGGCUUUCGCGUCACGCUUUGGGUGCACCCGUUUGUCAACUACAACUCUUCCCGCUUUGGCGAGGGCGUGGAGCGGGAGCUGUUUGUGCGCGAACCCACCGGCCGGCUGCCGGCUCUCGUGCGCUGGUGGAAUGGCAUAGGCGCAGUGCUCGACUUCACCCGCCCCGAGGCCCGCGACUGGUUCCAAGGACACCUAAGGCGACUGCGCUCGCGCUACUCCGUGGCCUCCUUCAAGUUUGACGCUGGCGAAGUCAGCUAUUUGCCCCGGGACUUCAGUACCUACAGGCCGCUGUCUGAUCCCAACAUCUGGAGCCGGCGCUACACGGAGAUGGCGCUGCCCUUCUUCUCGCUGGCCGAGGUCCGCGUGGGCUACCAGUCCCAGAACAUAUCGUGCUUUUUCCGCCUGGUGGACCGCGACUCGGUGUGGGGCUACGAUCUGGGGCUGCGCUCGCUCAUCCCCGCGGUGCUCACUGUCAGCAUGCUGGGCUACCCCUUCAUCCUGCCCGAUAUGGUGGGUGGCAACGCUGUAUCUGAGCGCUCAACCAGCGGCGGCGAUGUGCCCGAGCGCGAGCUGUACGUGCGCUGGCUGGAAGUGGCCGCCUUCAUGCCAGCUAUGCAGUUCUCUGUUCCACCCUGGCGGUACGACGCUGAAGUGGUGGCCAUCGCGCACAAGUUCACGGCGCUGAGGGCCUCGCUCGUGGCGCCACUGUUGUUGGAGCUGGCGGGUGAGGUCACUGACACGGGCGACCCCAUCGUGCGCCCCCUCUGGUGGAUCGCGCCGGGCGAUGAGACGGCGCACCGCAUCGACUCACAGUUUCUUAUCGGAGACACGCUGCUCGUGGCACCCGUACUGGAGCCGGGCAAGCAGGAGCGGGACGUCUACCUGCCCGCAGGCAAGUGGCGCAGCUAUAAAGGUGAGCUUUUUGACAAGACACCAGUGCUGCUCACGGAUUACCCCGUUGACCUGGACGAGAUCGCUUAUUUCAUCUGGGUAUCCUGACCCAGCCCAGGGCCCAGAAGCCUGGCAUCCCUAACCCUAGUCUUCAUGUAGGCCUUUAACCCUCAAAAUCACAACCGUACCGUCUAUCCCCCCCGGAAGUCCCCAACUUUAUACCACCCACUAAGUGGGUAAUUGACCUAAAUGUGCUGAAACCGGCUCCUGUAGGGGCGGGGGGAGAAGACACUGGAGCAACACCCGGCACCCCCCCAACCCAACCGCACAAUUGUUAGAUCCCUCCUCUCCACAGGCACUCCAGUCUACAGAAACUCCUUCCCUUGGAUGGGGGCAAGAGAGCUCAGAGGAAAAAAAUCAGCCCUUUUCCUGUAAAACACAGUUGGGUUUUAAAUGCACAGAGAGGGGGACUUCCCGUGGUGGUCAGGUGGUUAGGACUCCAUCCUUCCACUGCAGGGGGCUGGAGUUCAAUCCCUAGUAGGGGAAUUAAGAUCCUGCAUACCACAGUGGCAUGGCCAAAACAAAAACAGAAAAGCACAGAAAGAAGCCUUACCUUCCAUCUUUGUCUUUCUGAAGUGGUGGCUUGGUCCUCUUGAAGGUCCCAAAAUAGCCUCCUGCCACACUUAGAAAGGGCACAUUCUUGGUGUUGGAAAGUGCCAGGCCCUGAGUUCUCAGCACUCGCCUGAACUGUGGCUGACCUGGUCCCACCCAGCUGGUGACAAGGGAUGGAGGUACUUACCCAACUGACAAGGAGGCAAGUGGUCCCCUCCCAAAGGCUGGGAGGACAGAGCCAUCGUCAUCGUCCCUCAUUUGUGAAGAGACUCCUUAGACAUCUGUGUACACACAUGGUUCAGCCCUGGGCCAGGGCCACUGCCUGAUGGGCAAAGACUCACAAGGCCAUGCAGGCCAGACUUGGUGCCUUAACUCAAGAACCUGUGUGUGUGUGUUCUGUGUGUAUGUGUGUGUGUGUGUGUGAGAGAGAGGGAGAGGCACCACGGUUCCCUGGAUCUAUGGAAUUAACACAAUACCUCUGAGGCUGCAUAAGCCUGGAGGGAGGGGGCAGGGAGCAAACUUGAGGUUUUGACUUUCAACCUGGUCCCUUCCUAGGUGAUGUCCCUGGGACUCUAGUAGAAAAUAAACAGCCCUGUCUAGAUUUCUCAGCUGCCUCACUCCCUAUACACAUGGCAGAGGUGUGGCUUAAAAGGGAGGCACGUUAGGGAAUUCCCUGGUGGUCCAUUGGUUAGGACUGCAUGCUUCUACCACAGUGGGCGCAGGUUUGAUCCCCAGGCCAGGAAUCCCACAAGCUGGGUGGGAAAAUAGGGGGGAAAAAAGACCAAAAAAAAAAACAGGGAAGUGGGGAAAGGAUGUUUUUAUUUUGGUAGUGGUGUGCUUCAGCACACAAACUACCGCACACAACGACACCCACAAAUAUACACACAGGGUAAGAUUUUUCAUUUUAGUUACUUUUCUUUGCUAAGAAGAGCAGCCAGAGAGUUUUUUCUGCCUUUGCAGCUGAGUCUGGGGAAGGAGUGGCUUGCCAGCAGUGGGGAGGUGGGAAAUAGGGCAGAGUUCAGCAGGGACGGGGAGCCUGGUGGGCUGCCCUCUAUGGGGUCGCACAGAGUCAGACACCACUGAAGCGACUUAGCAGCAGCAGCAGCAGCACCGGCUUCCCUUAACAGCUCUGACAGCAGAAUCAGCCCCUCACCCCCUAGAGAAUGCGUCUCUUUGCCCACUCCUCCACCCCCUCGAUUUUCUUUGUGAAGAAUGCUAGUGAAACUUUAGGAGCACUCACCCCUGAUUCUACCACUCAUCUACAAACUGUGUGGCCUUGAGUAAGCUGCUUAACCUCUCUGAGCCUCAGUUUCUUCAUCUAUAAAAUGGUGAUAAUAAUGCCUACCUCCCAGGUUGUUGUGGGAAUUAUAAGCACAGAUGUAUGUAAAGUGCCUGGCACAAGUAGGUGCUCAA